UAACCGCCCCCAUAAGUAUUAUACCAAAGAUCUGCACUUCGAUCAAACGCCGCUUUGAUUAAAAUGUGCACCUAAUACGGUUAAUAACAGUGUAAUUACAUUGUUGAAUCUAGCCAAGUGUGGAAAAACGAAAACACAAGAAGUGGGAAAAUGGAAAAAUGAAUAUGUUAUUUUAUUAAGAAGUCUUUGUAUUUUGACCUCACAAUUUUGUCACUUAUUUGACGAAUCCUCUGGAAACAACACCAAAGAUGUAAUACUGGGACUUCAGUCAUUCAUUUUCAAAUUCGGCAAUUUGGAAACCAACUUACACUGAUCUCCCUGUAGAAGAAUGGUACAUUUAACACCGAGAUCAUCGGUCAGUUCGGGAGCCGUUACACCUGUUUCGCCGUAUCCAGGAUUUGACCAAAAUGGUACCUUCCGAAACCCUGUUCCUGUGGCUCGAUUGAAGUUUCAAGGUGUUGAUUUCGCUGCGAAACACAGAGGUUCCAUUGAUAAAUGGGUAUUCAAGCGUGGCGAUAAAACAUUUGACUCGCCCCGACCUGUUCCUAGGUGUCCGACUGCCGAAUCAUUUGAGAAUUAUAAACAUGGCACGUGUGGUUCGAUUAAAACUUUAAUAAAUGGAGAAGCAACACCAAGACCAGAUUCAGCUCCUUGUAGGAUCAAAUCUGAAGGAGAACCAAUUGCUUCAAUUAGCAGAGGAAAACGUAUGAGGAAAAUCGUACACGAAUUUGGCCAAUCAGCCCCUUCGCCAGUCAUACCCAGAGUUAAGCCAGAAGCGGAACAAACUGCAGAAGUUCAUAAGGGCGGUAGAAUGAAUCGCUUGAUCCAUAGUUAUGCUCAAGGCCCUUUAUCAGCACGACCUGUUCCAAGGGUUAAACCGGAAGCUGAGCAAACAGCAUCGAUUCACACAGGCAAACGUAUGAAACCGAUCGUUCAUUCAGGACUUUACAUGAACGGGAUUAUUUCAGAACCUGCAAUCCCAAGAGUCAAACCAGAAGGUAGUCAAAACGCAGAGCUUGCAAAGGGAAAGAGGAUAUUAAGAUUAUUCCAUGAUUACGGACAAAUUCCUCUAUCAACCAGACCUGUUCCAAGAGUAAAAGAUGAAGGUGAUCCGAAUUACGUUUUAGAUCAAGGACAUAGAAUGGAAACUCUAAUGCAUUCGGGCAAAAUCAUGCGUAGCCCUAAACCAGACCCAAGAGUAACCACACCAGACGCAACUCGAAAUUUAAAUAAAGGUAGAUCUGGGAAACUAAAAUACAUUUUACGAGAAACUGGGAAGAAAACAUGCGUACAUAUUCCAGGACAGCAAUCGAAACUAUUUACUAAAACGACCACUAUGUGACAUGUUAGUUAUAAACUACAGCAUUUCUCUUGAUUCAGCUUUGCUACAUUAGAAUUCCAUUACACACAUUGCUUUAUUUUGAAACCAGUACGAUUCAAAUUGUACAGUAUAACCUAACCUGCAAUACCGUUGUUCGUGCAAGCAAAUACUGAUUGAAAAUAAUAUAUACGUUUUAAUCUAAUGGAACCAAUUUUGUGGACACGUAAUAAUAAUUACGGAAAUACAAGGGGUUCCUAUAGACAUUUUUUUCUGAAGAUCUCGUUAAAGAACAAGAAUGACGAGCAUAUGUUUUCCUUUAAGCUUUGUUUGUUGCAUUAAAGCACAAUAAGUCUACUGUGUUAUAUAGACAUUCACGGAUAUUACAGCAACAAUUAUACGAGUUGCAUUGAUACCAUGGAUCAAACAUUAAAUAAACAAAAAAACAAU